ACUGACUGAUGUCAGAUGUUUUCUGUACUAGUGUUUUUUGUUUCAUCUAAAAAAUAAAAAAUAUAUAACAAUAACUGUCAAAAUACAACCACUAGUUAAUAAUGUUUGAAGUCGAAUAGUUUUUUUAUAAGUUAACCUAAAACUAUUGUUGAAUGUUCGACGUUUAGUGGGAUACAUGUAAUCAUAAUGUCGAUAUUUUGAAGUAUCGUUUGUCUUCUGGGUGUCAACGUUCCACCCUAAUGAUAGUAGUUACUCCGGCUUAAUUAAUUAAAAGUGAUCAAAGUGUCGCGAAAAACUCUCCCUUUUCUCAUUUUAUUUUCAAUUUCCUGUUUUAAAUGCAAAAAAUGUCCAAAAAUAAGUUAAACCUUACACUACCACCAGGUUCACUCGAUCAGACUCCAACAGUUACUCCUACAAGUGCUCCAUUUCAAGAAUCAACGGCUCAAAGCAACAAUUUGGUUGGUGGUUCUAGCAUUGAUACUAUUACGGCACGCAUAGAAGAACUCGACAUGGAUGCUACUCAGCGGAAACGCAUUGAGGUAUUUCUGUGCCAAAAGAAACAAAUUGGUGGUGAUUUAGGCGAUGAUGAUUUUGAGAAACUGGGAGAAUUAGGUUCCGGCAAUGGGGGUGUGGUCACAAAAGUCAGGCAUAAAUCCAGCGGUUUGAUAAUUGCUCGGAAGUUGAUUCAUUUAGAAGUUAAGCCGGCUAUUAAAAAACAGAUCAUAAGAGAACUGAAGGUCUUACAUGAGUGCAACUUCGCACAUAUUGUGGGGUUUUAUGGCGCUUUUUACAGUGAUGGAGAGAUAAGCAUUUGCAUGGAGUAUAUGGAUGCAGGAUCUUUGGAUUUGAUACUGAAGAAAGCUGGCCGAAUUCCGGAGAAUAUUUUGGGUAAAAUUACCGUAGCAGUGCUGAAAGGGUUGAGUUAUUUAAGGGAUAAACAUGCGAUUAUGCACAGAGAUGUUAAACCAAGUAAUAUUCUAAUUAACAGUAGUGGAGAAAUCAAAAUUUGUGACUUUGGGGUUUCGGGGCAGUUGAUUGAUUCCAUGGCUAAUUCAUUCGUUGGUACUAGGAGUUACAUGUCUCCUGAAAGACUCCAAGGCACACACUAUUCAGUACAAAGUGACAUUUGGUCUCUUGGUUUGUCAUUGGUUGAAAUGGCUAUUGGUAUGUACCCAAUUCCACCUCCUGAUGCCGAAACUUUGAAAGCAAUUUUUGAAAACAAGAAUGACAGUGAUUCUCCAGACCAUACAAGAGGACCCAAAACUAUGGCUAUAUUUGAAUUAUUGGAUUAUAUAGUGAACGAACCACCUCCAAAACUGCCAACUGGUUUGUUUUCAAAUGAAUUUAAGGAUUUCGUGGAUAGAUGCUUAAGAAAAAAUCCUGACGAAAGAGCAGAUUUGAAAACAUUAAUGAAUCACGAUUGGAUUAAGAAAGCUGAGGCAGAGGACGUGGACAUUGCAGGAUGGGUAUGCAGAACGAUGGAAAUACAGCCACCUCAAAAUUAAGUGUAAUCUUAUUGUAAUUUUUGUGUUAUAUUAUAAUUAUAUCUAUUUAGUGAA